UUGUGUUAAUUCGUCUCCGUCUGUUCACCAGAGACAAAUUGUCUACGAUACAAUAUCGGCGUAGCUGGAAGCGGGCGUUAAUACCCCCUGUCUAUAGGAUCAGCCUUACUGGUGGCGGACAUUAACAAACACAAUCAAUGUAGUUGUGGUAUUGUGAAGACGAAGUGACAGUUCUGAAACUUAAGUCAAUACUACAAAAGUAACAAAGGCCUACAGAAGUAAACAAUCAACAUGGAAACUAAUGAUGUUCAAACAUUUCAUCAGUGUGUUGUAUGUGAUGAAAUUUUCCAACAAUAUGAUGAUUUAGAACAGCACAAUAAAAUACAUGUUAAAGAAGAGAAAACUGAUGAUGUACUUGAAUAUUGUCAUGGUAAAGAAGAGAAAACUGAUGAUGUUGAUGAAUAUUGUCAUGUUAAAGAAGAGAAAACUGAUGAUGCAGAUGAAUAUUGCCAUGUUAGAAAAGAGAAAAUUGAUGAUAUAGACGAAAAUUGUCAUGUUCAGUUUGACGAAAAAAAGACAAAUGAUGUAGAUGAAUAUUGCCAUGUUAAAGAAGAGAAAACUGAAGAUAUUAAACCAGUUCAUCAGUGUAAUUUAUGUAAUGAAGAAUUUAAAUCAGACACUGAUUUAGAGAAACAUUGUAAAAUACACGUUAAAGAAGAGUUGAACACUGAUAAUGAUAGUGAUGUAGGCCUACAAUCAGCUGACAGUCAGGGUGUAGCAAAGAAUUAUAAAUGUAAUUUUUGUAGUAAAUCAUUUAACCAUAAUAGUGGUCUACAGCAACACAUUAGGGUUCACACAGGUGAAAAACCUUAUAAAUGUGAUGUUUGUGAUAAAUCAUUUUCACAGAGUAAUCAUCUAUAUGGUCACAUUAGAAGCCAUACAGGUGAGAAGCCAUAUCAAUGUGAUGUUUGUAGUAAAUCGUUCAGUUUUAGCCAAAGUCUGCAGAAUCAUCUCAAAAUUCAUACAGGUGAAAAACCUUAUAAAUGCGAUGUUUGUAGUAAAUCAUUCUCCAGGAGUAGCGCUUUGAAUAGGCACCUGAGAACGCAUACAGGUGAAAAACCUUAUAAGUGUGAUGUUUGUGGUAAAUCAUUUUCACAGAGUAGUGGUCUAUACAUACACAGUAGAAUUCAUACUGGACAAAAUCUAACUAAAUGUGAUGUUUGUAGUAAAUCAUUUUCACAGAAUCAAGCUCUACAGAUACACAUGAGAAUUCAUACAGGUGAAAAACCUUAUAAAUGCGAUGUUUGUAGUAAAUCAUUUAAAACGAAUCACGCUCUACAGCAACACCUGAGAAUUCAUACAGGUGAAAAACCCUUUAAGUGUGAUAUUUGUAGUAAAUCAUUUAGACAUAGUUGUAGUUUUCUGCAACAUGUGAGAACUAAUUGUGGAUCAUUCACAGAGAAAAUUAAAAUUCAGAAACCAAUAACUGAUACCCUAGACAAACCUUUUAAAUGUGAUGUUUGUAGUAAAUCAUAUACUCAACAAGGUAACCUACGGAAACACAAGAAAAUUCAUACGGGUGAAAAACCGUUUGAAUGCGGGGUUUGUAGUCGAUCGUUCACCGAGAAUGGUACGCUACAGGUACACAUGAGAAAACAUACCGGGGAAAAACCUUAUGUUUGCGGUGUUUGUAGUAAAUCAUUCACAAAGAGUAGUGAUUUGCGAAGGCACAUGAGAACGCACACGGGUGAAAAGCCUUUUCAAUGUGAUGUUUGUAGUAAAUCAUUCACUGAACGAGAUUCUCUGAAGAGACACAUGAUACUUCAUACAUGUAUCGGAAAAAUGGAAUGAAAUGGUGUUUGACAUCCUACUGUGAUGUUUGUAGUAAAUCAUUUACUGAACGAGAUUCUCUGAAGAGACACAUGAUACUUCAUACAUGUAUCGGAAAAAUGGAAUGAAAUGGUGUUUGACAUCCUACUGUGAUGUUUGUUAUAACUUUUAGAAAAUAAUCCUUGAGAAAAACUAUAGUUCAGUCACUUAGGUGACAAUUGUAAAACAAAAAUAGAAAUGGUUUAGAUUUGUCUUUGAUUCCAUAAAGUAGUUAGAUUUUAAAAUGUUAAAUACUGUGUUAUUCAACAUGGCGCCCGUGGGGUUUAAUAUAUUUAGGUACGAAUUAGUACCAAAUGGUUUAUCUAUAUGAGUCAAGGUUUGAACUAUGCCUUGGAAAUCGGAAGUAGGAGGCGACUAGUAUGUGUCUCUCUUAUGUGGACCUAAGUGAGAUUGUCCGUUGUAUUAACUGGACGGGUAGACCUGUUCUUCUUCGGUUAUGUAUCAAUGUUGAAUGAGCGGCUUCUUAUCAACCUGAUCAGGGUUUCGGAAUAGUACAUGUAUCAAUACAUGAGUCCAAUCAGUCUGAAGAAUUCCAUACGAACGAAAAUUUCCCUCAUAGCACACUGUAUGGCGUAUGCCCGUCUUCAUUAGCCCAGGUUAGGAGCAGAACAGUAGGACGUUAAAAACAACAUUUCAUUUCAUUUCAGAAGCUUUUCACACUCUAUUCAUUAAAAUGUUUAGUUUCAAACUAUUGUUGGAAAACUGUUCAAGUCUGUUGUGAAUCAUAAAAAAACAUUGGGUUUCUACUGUUAUGUAGUUUAAAGGGUCUGUCGAGAUUAGAUAAUGAGUGUUGGGUUUAUAACUAGUUACUUUCUCAAAAGGUGUUGAUUAUUUAACAGACUAAAUGUAGUGACAGUGGUUCAUAUACAUGUACAACCUUAUUUCACAUGAUUACAGAUCUUUAUGUAAUGAAUAGAGUGUGAAAAGCUUCUGAAAUGAAAUGAAACUCCUGCUAAAACAACACAACUAAAUGAUACCUGAGUUGUAGUGGUGCUGGGUUAAUCUUUUUUUUAUCUACACAAGUGUUGAUUUUACUGUUUUGAGUAUUUUUGUGCCUAGAUGUUAGUCUCAAUAUCCUAUUUUCGCUCUGUUUAUUUGCUAAAUCACAUCUAAACAAAACCCCCAGACCUGUGACAACAAGAUUUGAUGAUGGUUUCUUAUAAA